AUGAACGGGAAUUUAAGUGCGAAUAGUCUCGAUAAACAGCCGUCGGCAUCGAUUGCGAUGAGUCAUUUCGUUGUUACACCCGUCACCGAGUUACCGAAACAGUUGCAGAGUAAUUCAACAACACCUCGAGAAGCCUCGUCAGACCGGACCAAUAACGAUUCAAAGAUGGAAUCUAUUCCUGAAACGUUUAUCGAUGGCACGAGUACCGAAGGGAUAUCGUCGACUCGCUCGAAAGCAUCGGAGACAAUUGCGGUGCCGAACACGGCAAACGAUAACACACCAUCGAAUGGUGAACGCGAAACUGAUGCCUUAAUAAAAGCAUCAACACCACUGAGUAAUGAACAACCGAAGACACCACUGAGUUCGUGGUCAUCAACAAAUUUGAAAGUGAACACCGAAGGGAAUAAUCUGGCAUUAUUCGAAGAAGUACCACUAGUGAGUACUUUCUUGAAAGGUUUUAUCGCACCUGGUCUGCGGGAACGAGCCGAGAGUAAGAAAUCAAAGGACAAAUUGGGGGUGAUGUUGGGUGUAUAUUUGCCGACGAUACAGCAUAUACUCGGUGUUACGAUGUUUAUUCGAUUGUUCUGGGUUGUGGGCAUUGCGGGAAUUGCUCACACUUUCUUGUUACUUGCUCUGUGUUGUUUGUGUACAUUUCUAACGUGUAUAAGUUUAUCGGCUGUCGCAACGAAUGGUGAAGUGAAGAGCGGGGGCGCAUACUUCAUGAUAUCACGGAAUUUGGGUGCUGAGUUCGGUUCUGCGGUCGGCAUUUUGUUUUAUUUGGCCAAUACGGUCGCUACUUCCAUGUACCUUGUUGGUGGUAUUGAAAUCCUUUUGAUAUACAUAUUUCCCGAUCUCACAAUUGGUGGACGUGGAGUGCAAUCUGAUACAGGUUUAAUGGGUAUGAUGUCACACAAUUUACGGUUGUAUUCAACGGUAUUGCUGAUUAUCGAAUUUUGCAUUGUUGCGAUGGGCGUUCGCUUUGUUCAACUGCUUGCACCGGUAUCGUUGAUGUGUGUUAUUUUAUCAAUUUUGGCAUGUUAUGCCGGAGGAAUCGAGAAGACUAUUAAUCCAAAUAGUGGACAACGGGUAUGUAUGGUGGGCGAUCAUCUUCUACAAGCGAGUAUCGUGCUUCCGCCGAACGCUUCGGUUGACAAUAUUUGCGAUUACUGCAAUCCGUAUAAUCCGCAGAAAUUAUGUUUCGUUUUGAUUUUAAAAAAGAAUAUCGGCAGUCAUUAUAUGGGUAAAGAUGAAUAUAGCGAGGGUCGGGCAGCGGACAAAGGCGCAGAGGUAUUUCAAGAUGUGAAAACAACGUUCUUCGUUCUGCUAGCGAUUUAUUUUCCGGCGGUGACUGGCAUUCUUACUGGAGCGAAUAUGAGUGGUGAUCUGUUGAAUCCGCAGUCGUCAAUCCCAACUGGCACAAUAACAGCACAAUUGACAACAUCAUUCAUCUACUUCUCACUCGCACUCUGUUUUGGAGCUUCGAUUGAUGGGGCUGUACUGCGGGAUAAAUACGGCUCAUCACUCGGUGGUGGUAUGGUAGUCGCGAAUCUGGCUUGGCCGAGUCCGUGGGUUUUGUUGAUUGGUUCGUUCACGUCGACGUUCGGUGCUGCUUUGCAGUGUCUUUGCAGUGCUCCUCGUUUGCUUCAAUCAAUCGCAAAAGAUGAUGUUAUCCCAAUUUUGAAGCCAUUCGCGAAAGUGACCGAAAAGAAUGAGCCUUUCGUCGGGACUCUAUCGUUACUUGGUGCUGGUUUGUGCUUUUUCAUAAUGUUCUCAACACAUUGGGAUUAUGCACUCGUUUCGUGUGUUCUCUGUUUGGCCAUUUACAAAUAUGUGGAAUGGAAAGGAGCUAAGAAGGAAUGGGGUGAUGGAAUUCGCGGCUUGGCUCUAUCCACUGCACAGUAUUCGCUGAUGAAAAUUGAGGAUAAAGAUCCACAUCCGAAGAAUUUCAGACCGCAAUUAUUGCUGCUGUUCUCAAUGCCGUGGUCGAAAGAAACCAUCGAUUUGCGGUAUUUGAAAUUACUGAAUUUUGCAUCGCAGUUGAAAGCUGGUCGAGGUUUGAGUAUUGCGGUUGCUUUCAUUCGAGGCAAUCCGCUAAGUAUUGAGGAUCGAGGCAAAGCCGAGCAGGUCAAAAAACGUAUGGAAUUCGACAUGGGUCAAGCGAAAUUGAGGGGUUUUGCAAAGACACUCGUUUAUGGUGAAGGACAGGUGAGUGGAUGGUAUUUAUCGAAGAAUUACGGUUGCAAUGGUAUCGAAGAAAUGAUAACCGGAAGUUUGACUACACUAAUCCAAAGCGUUGGAAUGGGUGGUUUAAGACCGAAUACUUUGCUACUCAAAUGGCCAACUUAUAGUGAAGAACGAAGUCGAGAGGCUAUCGAUUCGGAAUAUCAGACGUUCACUGGUGAGAUCUUCGGAGAUUAUUUUUAUCGAUUGAUUAGAUGA